AUGGCUCUGCUAGUUGAUAAGCUGCGGCCACGCUCCCUAGAUACCCUUUCGUACCACCAUGAAUUAUCUGCGCGCUUGAAGUCACUGGCCCAAAGCGGAGAUUUCCCUCACCUACUUGUCUAUGGGCCAUCGGGUGCUGGCAAGAAGACGCGAGUAAUCGCGACGCUGAAGGAAUUGUAUGGUUCCGGAGUUGAGAAAAUCAAGAUCGAUGCUAGGAUCUUUCAAACAACGAGCAAUCGGAAGCUUGAAUUCAAUAUUGUUUCCUCCAUCUAUCACCUCGAGAUAACCCCGUCCGACGUCGGUAAUUAUGAUCGCGUUGUUGUUCAAGAACUACUUAAAGAGAUCGCUCAGACCCAACAAGUUGAUCUCUCGGCAAAACAAAGAUUCAAAGUCGUCGUCAUAAAUGAGGCAGAUCAUUUAACUCGUGAUGCACAAGCAGCUCUGAGGCGUACUAUGGAGAAAUACAGUCCCAACUUGCGGUUGAUUCUCUUGGCGAAUAGUACUUCCAAUAUUAUUGCUCCCAUCCGCUCUCGAACUCUACUGGUUAGGGUUGCAGCACCGACAGAAGAACAAAUAUGCUCGGUAUUAAGUAAUGCUGGGAAGAAAGAAGGCUGGACUGAAGCAAGUGGACUGAAUAAGAGAAUAGCGAAGGAGAGCGGCCGGAAUCUUCGGCGAGCACUACUCAUGUUUGAAUCUGUCUAUGCUCAAAGUGAGAAAGUAUCAGAUAACACCCCGGUUCCUCCACCAGAUUGGGAAGCCCUUAUCUCUCUGAUCGCAGAAGAGAUCCUGGCUGAGCGAUCACCUGCUCGGCUACUACAAGUCCGCUCACGGUUGUAUGAUCUUUUAACUCAUUGCAUACCACCUACUACCAUUAUCAAGACUCUCACAUUCAAGCUCAUUGCUAAGGUUGACGACGCAUUGAAACCUGAUGUCAUUAGAUGGUCAGCCUUUUAUGAGCAUAGAAUCAAGCAAGGCAGUAAAGUUAUCUUCCACCUUGAGGCGUUUGUUGCCAAGUUUAUGCGGAUUUAUGAGAGCUAUUUGAUGGGCAUGGACUUCUGA